AUGGCCGAGGAGGCGACGCCCCACAUUCUCGUCGUCUGCUAUCCGGGCCAGGGCAACAUCGAUCCCAUGCUCCGCCUCGCCAAGCGCAUCGCCGCCAAGGGCCUCCUCGUCACCUGCUGCUCCUCCUCCAUCGUCCGCGACAAGCUCGCCGCCGCCUCGGGGGUGUCAGCCGGCGGCGACGGUGUGCCCGCCGGCCGCGGCCGCGUCCGGUUCGACUUCCUGGACGACCAUCUUGAUGGGAUAAAGCUGGACCUGGACGAUUACCUGCGGCAGCUCGAGACCGGAGGGCGCCACGCGGAGGCAGGGCGGCCGGUGGCGUGCCUCAUCGGGAACCCGUUCCUGCCGUGGGUGACCGACGUCGCCGCCGAGGCCGGCAUCCCCUCGGCGGUGCUGUGGGUGCAGUCGUGCGCAGUGUUCUCGAUCUACUACCACUUCGUUCACGGGCUCGCGGAGUUCCCCCGCGAGGACGACUACGACGCGCGGUUCGCGCUCCCGGGCCUCCCGGACCUGUCCGUCGCCGACGUGCCGUCGUUCCUGCUCCCGUCGCACCCGUACAAGAUAUUCGGCGACAUCAUACAGGACCAGUUCCGCAACAUGGCCAGAGCGUCGUGGGUGUUCGUCAACUCCUUCGCCGAUCUCGAGCGCGACGUGUUCGCCGCGUUGCCGAGCGUCAGGCCGUGCCCGCCGCAGCUCAUCUCCGUGGGCCCGCUCGUCGAGAUCGGGGGCCAGGACGACGAUGCCGCGGUGCGCGGCGACCUGAUCGAGGCGGCGGACGACUGCGUGGCGUGGCUGGACGCGCAGGCGCCGCGCUCCGUCGUCUACGCGUCGUUGGGUAGCGUCGUCAUGCUCUCCGCCGAGGCGGUCGCCGAGAUGGCGCACGGGUUCGCGUCCACCAGCCGGCCCUUCCUGUGGGUGGUGCGGCCGGACACUCGCCCGCUGCUCUCGGAGGGGUUCCUGGACGCCGCCGGCAGCCGCGGCAUGAUCGUGCCGUGGAGCCCGCAGGACCGCGUGCUGGCGCACGCCGCCGUCGCAUGCUUCCUCACGCACUGCGGCUGGAACUCCACGCUCGAGACGGUCGCUGCCGGCGUUCCCGUGGUGGCCUUCCCGCAGUGGGGCGACCAGUGCACGGACGCCAAGUUCCUGGUCGACGAGCUCAGGAUGGGCGUCCACCUCCGCGCCCCGCUGCGGCGAGAGGGUGUGCGUGAGGCCGUCGACGCAGUCACGACCGGGCCAGAGGCCGACGCCGUGCUCGCCAACGCCAAGUCGUGGAGCAGGGCGGCGCAGGCCGCAGUGGCGCCCGGUGGGUCGUCGGACCUGCACGUGCAAGCGUUCGUCGACGAAGUAUGGCGGCGAGCGUGUGGAGGGCAAGCAGAAGCAUCUGCCAUUUAG